AUGGGGGAUGCCAUUGCAGUGAAGGAAGAGAAAGAAGGGAACAUGUCUGAUAGAAUGAUGGAGUUAGCUGAGGUUCUUGGAGUAAUGAAGCUUUUUCCGUCUAAGAAAAGGGUUGUUAAGAUACUUAAUGACGUGAGUGGAAUUGUGAAACCAUCAAGGAUGACACUACUUCUUGGGCCUCCAGGCGCUGGAAAGACGACAUUGUUGAAGGCACUUGCUGGAGAGCAGGACAAGGCUUUAAGGGUAACCGGAAAAGUCACUUAUUGUGGUCACGAAAUGUCAGAGUUCAUUCCUCAGAGGACUUCGGCCUAUGUUAGCCAACAUGACCUUCACCACAGUGAGAUGACAGUUAGAGAGACGUUAUACUUCGCAAGACGUUUUUUGGGAGUUGGAACUAGAUAUGACCUCCUAGCAGAAUUGUUGAGAAGAGAAAAGGAUGCACGAAUCAAACCUAUCCCGGAGAUAGAUGCAUUCAUGAAAGCCACAACAAUGGUUGGCCAAGAAUCUAGUUUGCUCACAGAUUAUGUUCUCAAGGUUUAUAACUGUGCUGAUAUAGUGGUCGGAGAUGAGAUGAGGCGGGGUAUCUCCGGUGGACAGAAGAAACGUGUCACAACCGGAGAAAUGUUGGUUGGGCCGGCCAAAGUAUUUUACAUGGAUGGCAUUUCAACAGGUCUGGAUAGUUCUACCACUUACCAAAUUGUGAAGUUUAUGAAGCAGAUGGUUCAUAGUAUGGAUUCAACAAUGAUAAUCUCACUUCUGCAGCCUGCACCUGAAACUUUUGAUCUUUUUGACGACAUUAUUCUGCUAUCAGAGGGACAAAUUAUUUACCAAGGUCCACAAGAGAAUGUUCUUGAUUUCUUUGAGAGUGUCGGAUUCAAAUGCCCCAAAAGGAAGGGAGUUGCUGAUUUUCUACAAGAGGUCACUUCGAGGAAGGAUCAAAGGCAAUUUUGGUUCAAAAAGAACAAACGNUUGAGAGUGUCGGAUUCAAAUGCCCCAAAAGGAAGGGAGUUGCUGAUUUUCUUCAAGAGUUCCAAAGCUUGUGGAGCACUUCAAAUCUUUCCACAUUGGACNCGUUACCGAUUUAUUUCAGUUCCAAAGCUUGUGGAGCACUUCAAAUCUUUCCACAUUGGACAACAACUUUAUGAUGAACUUGGGAUUCCGUAUGACAAAACCAAAGCCCAUCAUUCUGCAUUGGUGACUAGGAAGUAUGGUAUUUCCAAUAUGGAGCUUUUAAAGGCAUCCUUGGCCAGAGAAUGGCUAUUGAUGAAACGCAACUCCUUUCUCUACAUAUUCAAGACCACACAGAUUACAAUCAUGUCCAUAGUUACUUUCACAGUUUUCUUUAGAACUGAAAUGAAACAUGGCCGAUUGGAAGACGGAGGCAAAUAUUAUGGUGCACUAUUUUUUAGUCUCCUGAAUGUGAUGUUAAAUGGAACGGCUGAGAUUCCCCUUACUAUGUUUAGGCUUCCUGUAUUCUUUAAACAGAGGGAUGCCUUGUUUUAUCCUGCAUGGGCUUUUGCCAUUCCAAUUUGGCUGAUGAGGAUCCCCCUCUCCCUUAUAGAAUCAUCGAUAUGGAUUAUCUUCACAUAUUACACAAUUGGGUUUGCUCCUGCUGCUAGUAGAUUUUUUUGCCAAAUUUUGGCAUUUUUCGGUGUACAUCAAAUGGCUUUGUCUCUCUUCCGCUUCAUUUCGGCACUUGGUAGAACACUGACUAAUGCAAGCACACUUGCUACCUUUACGUUGCUAAUGUCUUUUGUCCUUGGUGGAUUCAUUGUUGCCAAAGAUGACAUAAAACCCUGGGUGAUAUGGGGUUACUACGUUUCUCCUAUGACGUAUGGACUGAAUGCCAUAGCCAUCAAUGAAUUUCUUGAUGAGAGAUGGAGCACUCCCAAUACAGAUCCAAGCUUUGCUGAACUUACAAUUGGAAAGGUUCUUCUCAAGUCCAGGGGAAUGUUCAUGGAUGACUAUAUGUAUUGGAUUUCUUUACGAGAUUCAAAAUCUGGUAUCCAAGACGGGGACAAUAAAAUUAAAAAGAGUUCAACAACUACAGCUCCAUCAGUUAAAGAUGACAUAAAACCCUGGGUGAUAUGGGGUUACUACGUUUCUCCUAUGACGUAUGGACUGAAUGCCAUAGCCAUCAAUGAAUUUCUUGAUGAGAGAUGGAGCACUCCCAAUACAGAUCCAAGCUUUGCUGAACUUACAAUUGGAAAGGUUCUUCUCAAGUCCAGGGGAAUGUUCAUGGAUGACUAUAUGUAUUGGAUUUCUUUACGAGAUUCAAAAUCUGGUAUCCAAGACGGGGACAAUAAAAUUAAAAAGAGUUCAACAACUACAGCUCCAUCAGUUAAAGUAAAGAAUGCUCCAUGGCGUACCAACUUAAGUGAUGCAACUAAUGCCAGCAGAAGAGGAAUGGUGCUGCCCUUCCAACCCUUGUCAGUUGUAUUUGAUCAUGUGAAUUACUACAUUGAUAUGCCUGCUGAAAUGAAGAACCAAGGAAUUGAGAAACCUCGUCUCCAACUGUUACAAGAUGUUAGUGGUGCUUUCAGGCCUGGUAUUCUAACAGCAUUAGUUGGUAUUAGUGGUGCUGGAAAAACCACUUUGAUGGAUGUGUUAGCAGGAAGAAAAACGGGUGGAUACAUUGAAGGAAGUAUCAGCAUUUCUGGUUACCCAAAGAACCAAGAAACUUUUGCUCGUAUUAGUGGUUAUUGUGAACAAAAUGAUAUACAUUCUCUACAUAUUACUGUCUAUGAAUCUCUUGUGUACUCUGCUUGGUUGCGUCUUGCUCCAAAUGUAAAGAAGCAAACAUUGAAGAUGUUUGUUGAAAAGGUAAUGGAGUUGGUCGAAUUGAACAUGCUGAGGGACUCCGUAGUUGGCCUUCCAGGAGUUGAUGGUCUCUCAACUGAACAGCGUAAGAGGCUCACCAUAGCAGUAGAAUUGGUUGCUAAUCCCUCCAUCAUAUUCAUGGAUGAGCCUACAUCAGGCCUUGAUGCUAGAGCUGCUGCAAUUGUGAUGCGAACAGUGAGAAACACAGUAGAUACAGGUAGAACUGUUGUCUGCACAAUUCACCAACCAAGCAUAGAUAUUUUUGAAGCUUUUGAUGAGCUAUUGUUGAUGAAGAGAGGAGGACAAGUGAUUUUUGCUGGACCUCUUGGUCACCAUUCUCACUUACUAGUAAAAUAUUUUGAAUCCAUUCCUUGUGUUCCUAAGAUCCGAGAUGGUUGUAAUCCUGCUACAUGGAUGCUAGAAAUCAGUUCUCCUAUAGCUGAGGCUCAACUUGAUGUGGACUUUGCAGAGAUUUAUGCAAAUUCUAUUCUAUAUAUUAAAAUUUCAUGCUACAGUAACAACCUCCCUCACCAACGCCCGCCCCCCCCUCUCUACAGGAGGAAUCAAGAACUUAUCAAGAAGCUCAGCACUCCAGCACCAGGGUCUCAAGACCUAUGUUUUCGUACCAAAUUCUCCCAACCUUUUUUUGCUCAAUGGAAGGCUUGCUUCUGGAAACUACAUUUAUCUUACUGGAGAAAUCCCGAGUACAAUGCCAAUCGUUUUUUCUUAACAACAAUUAUUGGUGUUAUAUUUGGAGUUAUAUUCUGGAAAAAAGGACGGGAAACGCACAAACAACAAGACUUGACAAAUCUAUUGGGAGCUAUCUAUGCUGCUAUUUUGUUUCUUGGUGGAGCGAGCACCUCAUCUGUACAGUUUGUUGUUGCAGUCGAAAGAACGGUCUUCUAUCGUGAAAAAGCAGCUGGGAUGUAUUCAGCAUUGCCUUAUGCAUUUGCUCAGGUGACCAUAGAGACCAUAUAUGUUGCUAUCCAGACUUUCAUAUAUAGUUUACUCCUUUACUCCAUGAUUGGAUUCGACUGGCGAGCAGACAAGUUCUUGUGGUUCUACUACUACAUAUUUAUGUGCUUUGUCUACUACACAUUAUAUGGGAUGAUGAUUGUAGCACUCACUCCAAACAUCCAGAUUGCAGCCAUUGUUAUGUCAUUCUUCCUCGGCUUCUGGAAUUUAUUCUCUGGUUUCCUUAUCCCUCGGACACAAAUUCCAGUAUGGUGGAGGGGGUAUUAUUGGGGUUCUCCACUGGCAUGGACAAUAUAUGGCCUCGUGACGUCUCAGUUGGGCGACAAGACGAAUCUAGUUCAGGUACCAGGUUUAGGUGACAUACCAGUUAAGGAUUACCUUAAAGAGUUCUUAGGUUAUGACUAUGACUUUCUCGGAGUUGUUGCUCUGGCUCAUGUUGGUUGGGUACUCCUUUUCUGCUUCGUCUUUGCCUAUGGCAUCAAGUUCCUUAACUUCCAAAGGAGAUGAAGGAACGUUAGAAAUAACAACAGAUUCAUCAUAGAUAGAUUUAUUUGAAUUUCUUUUCGUAAACAGUCAUAGCUUGUUAUGUCAUUGAUUGUUGGUUGCUGCUAUUAAUGUACUACAAGAAUUCAUAGUUUGAUACGCAUUUAAUUGCCGGCCAUUGUGUAAACGCUAGCACACACCUGCUUUUUAACAGCAAGGUGGUGCUUUCG